AUGAAGCACAUCCCGGUCCUCGAGGAUGGGCCGUGGAAGACCGUGUGCGUGAAGGAGCUGAACGGCCUCAAGAAGCUCAAGAGGAAAGGCAAAGACCCGGCGCGGCGCGCGAACGGCUAUAAAACUUUCCGACUGGACUUGGAAGCGCCCGAGUCCGGCGCCGCCGCCACCAACGGGCUGCGGGACAGGACCCAGCGGCUUCAGCCGGUCCUGGCCCGGGUGCCAGCCCCGGUGGCGCCGUCCGUCCUCCCAGGUGGGGGAGCGGUCACGGCAGGGGAACGCGGGGGCGUUCGGGUGCCUGAGGUCUUGGACGCGCGGAAGCGCCGCUUCGCCCUGGGCGCAGUGAGGCCGGGACUCCCCACGCCGCCGCCGCCGCCUCCGGUGCCCCAGGGCCAGACAUCAGGGGCUCCGGAGGCACAGCCUGGUCGGGAGCAGGGCCUGCGUCCCCGCAUCUUGCUUUGCGCGCCGCCCGCGCGCCCCGCGCCUCCAGUGCCCCCAGCGUCCUCUCUGCGCCCGGCACCCCCGACGCGCCCCGGGGAAAGUUCCUACUCGUCAAUUUCACACGUAAUUUACAAUAACAUCCCGGAUUCCUCUGCGUCGCCUAGGAAACGGCCAGGCGAAGCGACCGCCGCCUCCUCCGAGAUCAAAGCCCUUCAGCAGACCCGAAGGCUCCUGGCGAACGCCAGGGAGCGGACGCGGGUGCACACCAUAAGCGCAGCCUUCGAGGCGCUCAGGAAGCAGGUGCCGUGCUACUCAUACGGGCAGAAGCUGUCCAAACUGGCCAUCCUGCGGAUCGCUUGUAACUACAUCCUGUCCCUGGCGCGCCUGGCUGACCUCGACUACAGUGCCGACCACAGCAACCUCAGCUUCUCCGAGUGCGUGCAGCGCUGCACCCGCACAUUGCAGGCUGAGGGCCGCGCCAAGAAGCGCAAGGUCCCCUUUUAA